AUGGGGUGGUCAUUAGCCACAAGUAUUUGGAUUGCCACACUUGUAUCGGAAUCCGUGAUAUGCAGUGACCCUUUGCUGAUAACUCAUUGGUCAGUCGAUAAGAGAGCUAGUAUCUAUUUCUAUUAUUACUUCGUCACCACAUUUUUGCAUAUUACAGUAGAGCAUGAGAAUUCUAACACUCUGCGCCAACUUCUGCUACAGCAUGAAUAUCGGUUUCACACUAAUAACCGUAAAGUUAUCAUCGAUACUGGCGACGAUAUUUAUGCGUCUAAAAGGACAUUAAAUAAAUAUACAUUAUUACAACUUCAUGCAGAAACAAAAACUUGA